AUGACUGUGCUGGGCAGGUACCUGGACAGCGUGACCAACAAGGACAGCACCCUGCCUCCCAUCCCCCACCUGCACUCCCUCCUGACGGACGACACUGACCCUCAUCCUGAGGUGGACAUCUUCAAGCUGGUCCGCAGCUCCUACGAGAAGUUCGGCUCUCUCCGUGCUGAUGUCAUUGAGCAGAUGCGUUUCAAACAGAGACUGAGGGUCAUCCAGACCAUCGAGGACACCACCAAACGCAACGUGGUCCGAACCAUCGUGACAGAAACGUCCUUCAGCAUGGAUGAACUGGAGGAACUUUACGUGCUGUUUAAGGCAGAGCACCUGACCAGCUGCUACUGGGGGGGUACCAGCAACCCUACGGAGCGACACGACCCCAGCCUGCCCUACCUGGAGCAGUACCGCAUGGACCAGGAGCAGUUCCGGGGCCUGUUCCCCCUGCUGUUCCCCUGGGCACCCGGGGCCCAAGCAGACUCCCUGGCCCUGCGCUUCUUCCACCUGCUUGACCACAAUGGGGACGCGCUCAUCAACUUUAGGGAGUUCAUCACCGGCCUUGGUGUGCUGUGUCAUGGAGACCUUACUGAUAAACUGAAACUCCUGUACAAGAUGCACGUCAUUCCAGAGGUGGCUCAGGAGGAGCCAGACUCUGCCUUUGAGGCGACACAGUACUUCUACGAGGACGUAACCCCAGAAACAGCCAACGGUCACAACCCCAAGUGUAGGACUGAGAAAGACGACGGCUUCGUUAGGGUCACUUUCAACACAGAAAAAGUGAAGAAGCUCCACGCUCCAGACUGCCGGAGCUACCUGAGGCUGUGGCACCAGGACCAGGCCCAACGGGAGAACAUGAAGGACCUGCCCAAACUCAACCAGAGCCAGUUCAUAGAGCUGUGUAAGACCCUGUACAGCAUGUUCAGUGAAGAUGUGCGUGAGCAGGAGCUCUACCACGCCACGGCCACCGUCACCAGCCUGCUGCUGGAGAUGGGAGAGGUGGGGAAGCUGUUCAGCUACCGGCCGGAAGGGGACGAGGAAGAAGCCAAGCCACCUGGAGGAAGGAGGGCAGGGGGAGAGUCGCUGCAGAGGACCCCAGGAGAGGGAGCCCUCUCUGGGGAGGAGGAGGAGGCCGGGGUGGAAGCCCAGACUGAGGGGGACUGUGGGGGGGCGGGGGACUGUGGGCGGCUUGGGGCCGAGAGCAGAGAGCUGCUGUCCCAGAUGGAGGACAUCAAGCUGGAGGACUCGUCCCUGAAGGACCCUGGGACCUCGUCCGCCAUGUUGAUUUCGGACGACGAGACAAAAGACGACACGUCCGUUUCCUCCUUCUCCGUCCUCAGCGCCGAGCUGGAAGACAAGCUGCACUGUGAGGACAUCGCAGACGACACCGUCCUGGUCCGCAGUGGAAGCACUGAGCCCCACGACGGAGGUGGCCCCCACGACGGAGCUGGGCCCCACGACGGAGGUGGGCCCCACGACGGAGGUGGGCCCCACGACGGAGGUGGGCCCCACGACGGAGGUGGGCCCCACAACGGAGGUGGGCCCCACGACGGAGGUGGGCCCCAGGAUGGAAGUGGGUCCCAUGGCGGAGGUGGGCCCCUUGGCGGAGGUGGACUGCCCCACAGCACCAGCAUUGAUAAGGACUGGGCCAUCACGUUUGAGCAGUUCCUGGCCUCUGUGCUGACGGAGCAGGCGCUGGUGCAGUACUUUGAGAAGCCAGUCGAUGUGGCAGCUCGAAUCACCAAUGCCAAGAACGUGAGGAAGAUAGGACGGCCGGCAACUUCCUGCAGCGACUAUGAGAUCUCCCUCUCUGGGUAGCCGCUAGCCACUAGCCACUAGACGUUAACGCCACUUGAGAAAAUACAGACUUAACACUAAAACUCUUGUUUUAAUGGUAGGCUGUUUCAAAACGAGAAACAUGAUUAUCUACCUUUUACGUAGCCCGUGUGUAUCAGGUGUAUAUACAAUUAUAUGUAAUGUCCACUUUUAAUGAGGAGGAAGAUGACGGUUUCAGUAAUGGUGUCAAACUUGAUAUGAACAAUAUCUGCAUAAUACUGUAUGGAGUUAAAAAGAAAAAAAACACUCUUAGAAAUGCAUUUUACUUGAUGUGAGAAAUAUUUGACAAAGGAAACACGACAAAAUUGGUUUUUCAGAUAGGAAUACGGUUGUGUAGAUAUAUCGGAGUGCUUGUGUACUGUACAUGUAUUAGCCGAGCUUGCUUUACUUUAUAUAAAGUCACGUAGGCCUAUAGACGAUACUACGUCUCUAGUCCAGUCUGACACUUGCCAAGUCAGGAGUGGGCUAUCCUCCCUGUACGGGAACAAAGUAUAUGUUCGUUGAAGAACCACGGCAAGAAAAACGUUCAAGAAUUGUUUGUGACAUCUUCUAUUUAAGAUCAACAUGUAAUCAUUGUCCAGGAAGCAAGAGUUUUUAGUUUUUUAAUAUAUGAAUGUCGAACAUGACAGUUCCAGAUGCUGCAAAUCAAAUAGCUACUGCAGCAGCAAGAUUGUAUCACGUCGUAAGACCUGGACAUGAGAAUGCGGGUUUUAAAAUCUGCGAUCCAAGUGGAAAGCUGAUAACACACUUGUUAUAGGGCUGAAAAUCCGCGUUUCUUAAAUUUACUGGAUACAUAGACAUCACAACGUAUUUAGACUUAAAAUACUAUUGGACAGAACUCUGUAGUGGUAGUUUGCAAACUAAACAUGUUAUCCCGCCGUAUGUGUACACGCACUUUGUUAGCUAGCUCGAUCCGAUUGGAACAGGGUUUACAAAACGCCAUCUGUAUCCAUACUUCCUCUACGCUUGUGUUUUAUUGCCUUCCAACACGUGAUCAACUCUCCUGGUCAAAUCUUCACUCCAAAGCUUUUGUUUUUUGGUGUAUAUAUUUCAACACCACUGUUUUUAAUUCGUUAAAGUGUAAUGAUUGUUGGUGUCCAAUACUGUACAAGGUUCAUGCUUUUUAGCGUACAACCUCAACUAAUUAAAACAUGGUAUGAAAAUA